AUGGCGGACACUGUCUUGAAGCAUCGAGCUGAGUUUGCCUUUGCUCAGCUUGAGAACGAGAGAUCUCUGACAUCUCUUCGUGACGAGCUAAGUGUAGAUCGUGGGGAUGUUGACCGGUCUCGGGCUGAGAUAACUGCUCUUCAGACCCUUGUCGACGCCCACCAUCGGGAGCACAAGGCUCUCUGCAAGAUGCUUGAGCGCAAGGGCGUUCUUCAUCGGAAGAAGCAGCGUACUGAUGGUACGGCUUAA